CGUCGACACUUCCUCCAUCCAACACACACCAAAAUGGCCGACGCUCCCGUUACUCUGCGGACUCGCAAGUUCAUCCGCAACCCUCUGCUUGCCCGUAAGCAGAUGGUCGUGGACGUCCUCCACCCCAACCGCCCUAAUGUCUCCAAGGACGAGCUCCGCGAGAAGCUGGCCGACCUGUACAAGUCCAACAAGGACCAGGUCUCCGUGUUCGGUUUCCGCACGCAGUACGGUGGUGGCAAGUCCACCGGCUUCGCUCUGGUCUACGACUCCUCCGAGGCCCUGAAGAAGUUCGAGCCCCACUACCGUCUCGUCCGUGUCGGCGCCGCCGACAAGAUCGAGAAGCCCUCCCGCCAGCAGCGCAAGCAACGGAAGAACCGCUCCAAGAAGUUCCGUGGUGUCGCCAAGGUCAAGGGCCCCAAGAAGAACAAGGACUAAGCGCAUCGCUGAUCUCUACCACGAAUCAACAUGGACCGAUAAAGGCGGCAUGCGAUGGAAAAAGAUUAAGUCGGUGGUGUCUUUGGCUCUGGAGUUUCCCACCUGGAUUUGGAAUGAACACAGGUGCGGUCAGGUGUGUGGGGGAGAGUGGUUUAAGUCUUCUCUUUUUCGGCGAACAUCAGACUAAACCCCAAAAUGAUGCCCGUUUGAAUGGUGAAGAUUACAGAAACUCUUUUUAUUCCUGUGCUGUUGGAGCUGGUGAUCCCCUGGAGAAAAAGCCUGGCGAUCCCCCGGAUAAAAAGGGCGUCAGUGUUGUGGUUUCGUGUGUAUGUUUUUUUGGGGUCAUCGGUUCAAUUCAAGGCAGCCAGGGUUAUGAGAAUCCGGGCUUCGACCCGGGAUGAAAUCACAUUUACUUGUUUCUCUUCAAUCUGGUUGUCGUAGAUGUAGAUGUCCGAUCCUGUAUUGGCUG